AGAAUUAGCUGCAAAAUAACUUGAAGGAGGAUAUCAGAUUGGAGAAAUGUCUACUAUGUUACCAUGAUGGCUUUUGAAUUUAUCAUUUAAUAAAAUUCACUCAUACUUUCUGUGUUCUAUUUGGGAAUCUUUUGAUUAAAGACCGCACUUCAGCGUCCCUUUUAAAUUAAAGAAAGCGCUGUUUCUUGUCUACACAAUAUAUAAAUUAACGCAUUUCUCGUUCUCAGGUGCAGUUAUUCGUUUCAAAUGCCUGAGGAGUGCCCCUUGCCUAGGGUAGUUUGCACUUCUAGCAUAAAGUCAGAACUAGGAGAACAACUAAAACGUACGAGCAAGAAAGGGAUCAGCACCUUGACAGGUAUUUUACGCGGGUGGAGAGAUGGCUUGUGCUUUUUUGUACUACGUGCAGAAUAUCCGGUAUCUUGAAGGCGUAUAUUUGAUAAAUAAUCUGAGCAGAGUAGGGUGCUUUUUCUCUAGUACCAGCAAUCAGGCGCUGGCCGAGUACAAAGCUUGCUACGACACUCUCACUUUACUUUUCUAUCAGCCUCUGGAUCGAGGUAGUAUGUCGAGUGAAUUGAGUGACAUGAGGUUUCUUUACAAAAACAACCAGAUUUCUUUUGAAUUUGCAGAGGGCACUGAAAUGGGUAGACUUUUGAUUGAAUCCCACGUCAUCUUCUAUACUGAGAUUUUCCCGAGUAUUACUUGCAUAAAUAAGGAAUACGAUCAGCGAUGGACGGAUGAGCUUGAACGCAAUGUGAAUCGGUGGAUGGACGACAAUCUAAAUUUAAGCUCUUGUUUUUUAGUCAAAAAUUCAAAAUGGGCUCGUGUCAUUUCGCAAGAAACGAAGCAAACUACGUUGGAAAUGUUGAUUAGGAAAGCUUGCUCUAACAGCUCAAAGAGUGUCAAUAAAAAAGCUGCGGUUAAAUCAAAUGGUAAAAAAACCAUAUUUGACGUCCAGAAAGGAAUACCGCCAGUCAUUUGGCUAGAGUUGAUGCAAGAUAGAUCUCAUAAAAAAGAAGUCCUGUCUUUCAGAUACGAGGAGUUGCUGAUCAAAAACAAAUCAGCUGAUACUGAAAACAGACAAAACACUAAUAUUUAUAUGGUUUUGAUGAAUAGUUCUGUUUUGACAUACGUCUUGAAAACUGACAAAUGCUCUCUGUCAAGUCUUCAGAAUGCAGUUGAUACACAUAUAAAAAAUCUUCGUUUGAGUUUGUCUAUCCAGCUCAAACUACUAGCACAAGAUGAUAACGGAAGAUGGAAUGCCCGAUUUUAUCGCUCUUGCCAUGUUGCCCCUGACUUUCUCAACAGAGCCGGAUAUCCAGAUUUGGUAACUCUGCUUUACCCGUCUUCAAAUGUUCAAAAAACAGAACAACUAAGAAAUAAAUACAAAACAGCACUAGGAUUAGACCCAGUUUUGAAAACACUUGAACAGUGUCACGAAAUUGUGUUUACUGGCAGUUCGUUUAAAACAUUUUUAGUUAUGUGCGCAGAAGCUAACCUUUCAAAAGAGCAAGGACAUCUCUGCGACAUCCAUCUGUUGCUAAACCUUCCUAAUAAAGACUUCGAUUUAUUUUUAGUCAAAGGAUCCUAUGAAUACUAUCAUUACAUGCAAGAUCGCAUAUCAGAUAGUGGAUGGGGAUGUGCGUACCGGUCUAUGCAAACGCUGGUUUCCUGGAUUACCAAGCAAAAUCUUUCUAUCAAGCCUGUUCCGACUCACGCUGAAAUUCAACGAAUGCUGGUACAAAUGGGAGACAAACCGCCUUCUUUCGUCGGAUCUAACAAGUGGAUAGGUGCCGUAGAAGUUAGCAUGUGUCUGUCCACUCAUUGGAACACCACAUGCAAAAUACUCCACGCUUCUUCGGGAAAAGAGGUUGGAAAAUACACUGAAGAGAUAUCGAAUCACUUUCGUAUGAGGGGUAGCCCGAUCAUGAUAGGAGGAGGCGUUCUUGCGUACACUUUAUUGGGGAUCGCUGUUAACAGAGUGAAUGCUCAAAAUCAUAGCGAAAAGGCAGAUGUCCUGUAUCUGAUAUUAGACCCGCACUACAUCGGGGCUGAGGAUCCAGAAAACAUCAUAUUGAAGGGAUAUUGCAGGUGGAAAACCGGGAAAAUUUGGCAGGAUAAGCAUUUCUAUAACAUUUGCUUACCACUGACGCCAGUCAACUCAGAGAUGCUGUAAAUAGAGGAAGGCUGAGCGGCAAUAGAACCUGCCUGCACAUCGAUAUUUACCCUAUCUUAAAAUAGGACGGAAGAGGAGGAUUGAACGAACUCCAAGUAUCGAAGAGUCAAAAGAACUACGGGCAAUAAAUAUAGAGAAAUGCAGAACCAAGAAUUACUUUUGAUUGGUUUAAAAAUCCGCUUUGCUACAUUUUCUCGAAUUUGAGUUAUUUUUGCUCAUGCAAUCCUCUAUAGUUGAUAUAGUCUGGAGAUUGACUUGCCUUGUAUUCGUCAAUCAGAGACAACGUGAUUUCUUUUGAAUCGUCAAAUUCUUCCAGACUUUCAGAAAAAAUCGACCCUUUCGUCCGGUAAUUUUCAAUAAAGGCGCCCACUUUGUAGAGCUUGUUGAAUUGAUCGACUGAUCGUUGCAUCAGCGCGUGCAUUGAUGUGUGGUUGGCUAACAUCAGACCAGAAACUCUAUAUCCAGUACGAAUGUAUGGUGAUUUCUUAGAAAGGACAACCUGAAUCCCAGCUGGACCCCAAGAUAUAAAGUUGAUCAACCGUUUUUGUCUGAUACGUUGCAAGCUUUUAUAUACUUGUGUGGGAUCCACGUUUCCCUGAAUAAUGUUUAGAAUAGAAAUAUAUGCUCCUCGAU